UGCGAAAUUAUCCAACCCUAGAUCUUUAGAGUGCAAAAAUUUUGUGCAAUCUCGAUUGGCUCUUUUGACGUUCGAGGAUCGAAAGGGGAAGGGGAGAUUGUUAUUUAUUUAUUUAUUUUUGUGAACCCAACCGUGAUAGGCUUCGGGUGCGAUUCUUUGAGAGAGAGAAUUCUUCGGAUUUUCUUGGGAUUUUGGAGCAACCUCGGGGAGAGCUUAAUUAGUGGCUAAUUGAGGAAGACAAAGAAGAGGAGAAAAAAAAACGCUGCAGAAUGACCGACAGAAAGACUCUUGAGAACGAGAGAACGCGGAGGGCGAGUGAAGAACGUUAGAAGCUUGAAGUCUGUCGGUGACGAGGGUGUGACCAUAAGAGGAGCUAGAACCAAAACUAGGGUAACAGGUUGUUUUAGUAAAGGACCAAAACCCUGUAAAAGUGUGUGUUUGGUCUGGUAAAACUAAAGCACCAAAGGUUUUGUUUGAUUCGCUGGCAGCUUCAACAGAACUAUAAUCAUCAAUGCCCAUUUCUUCUCAAAGAUCGUUCGAUUGAAGUCCAAGCACAAAUUAGGAGACAAUUGUAGGCUAAGGACAGUGAAAUUCAGAUCAGAAUAAUCGAUGGGUAAUUUGUUUGUGAAGAAACCAAAGGUCACAGAUGUUGAUAAAGCAAUCCUCGCUCUCAAGACCCAGAGACGCAAACUCGCCCAAUAUCAACAGAAGCUUGAUGCAGUUAUUGAAGCAGAAAAACAGGCUGCACGAGAUUUGAUUCGUGAAAAGAAGAAGGAUAGGGCCUUGCUAGCACUGAAGAAAAAGAAGACACAAGAAGAAUUAUUGAAGCAAGUUGAUACUUGGCUUAUAAAUGUUGAGCAGCAAUUAGCAGAUAUUGAACUGGCAAGCAAGCAGAAGGCUGUGUUUGAAAGUUUGAAGGCUGGUAAUGAUGCAAUGAAAGCCAUACAAAGUGAGAUAAACAUUGACGAUGUUCAGAAACUCAUGGAUGACACUGCUGAAGCUAAAGCCUAUCAAGAUGAAAUUAAUGCGAUACUGGGGGAAAAAUUAUCAGCAGAAGAUGAGGAGGAGAUUUUAGCAGAAUUUGAAGACUUGGAAACCCAGCUUACAGUCCAAGAUCUUCCUGAAGUUCCUCCCUCAGCUCACGAAGAAAUCGAAGAAAAGUUGGACCUUCCUGAUGUCCCAACCAAAGCACCAGUUACCAGUGAUGCUGAAGUAUUUACGAAAAAAAAAGUUAUGGAGGAACCAUUGGCAGCUUGAAGAACAUUGCGACCAUAAACAUGUCAAUUGCUCUGUAAACCAAGGCUUGCAAUAUGACUGUCUUUGCCUGUAUCUUAUAGAUUUCUCUUGCAAUGCACCUACUGAGUUUGAUUGAUUUAUCUGCAGUGGCAUUUAAUUUGUACAGAUUUCCAUGUAUAAUUAUACAUGACUUUUAACAAGAGCUAUAGACUAAAUCAUA